AUGCCACUCGAGAACAUUCGCCACAUUGUGCUUGUGCUGUCGGGCAAGGGCGGUGUUGGUAAAUCCAGCAUUACGACGCAGCUUGCGCUUGCGCUGAGCUUGCAGGGCAAGUCAGUAGGCGUACUGGACGUUGAUCUUACUGGUCCAAGUGUACCAAGAUUCUUUGGCAUUGAAGAGAGCAGAGUGAGGCAGGCCCCGGGUGGAUGGAUACCUGUUGAGGUGCAUGGGAAGCAGACACUAUCUUCAAAACAAACGUACGGGGACACGGGCGCACAAGGCCGAGCUGCGAACGGAGCAAAACAAGAGUCGGAACAGCACGCCGGCCCGUUAUCAUGCAUGAGCUUGGGCUUCAUCCUCAGCAAUCGCGGCGACGCCGUCAUCUGGCGUGGCCCCAAGAAGACAGCCAUGGUUCGCCAAUUCCUCACCGACGUUCUCUGGCCAGAGCUAGACUUCCUCCUCGUGGAUACACCCCCCGGCACCUCCGACGAGCACAUCUCCCUCCUCGAGACCCUCCUCAAACAAACCGCUCAUACCACACAACUCGCUGGCGCCGUCGUCGUAACAACGCCCCAAGCCAUCGCCAUCUCCGACGUCAAGAAAGAGCUAAACUUCUGCGCUAAGACGGGCGUGCGCGUCCUCGGCGUCGUGGAAAAUAUGGCGGGCUUUGUAUGUCCCAAUUGCAGCGAAUGCUGUAACGUGUUCAGCAAGGGGGGCGGGCAGGUUAUGGCGCAGGAGUUUGGGGUCCCGUUUCUGGGGAGCGUACCGAUUGAUCCGGCGUUUGUCAUGUUAAUCGAGGAGGGGGUUAGGCCGAGGUAUCCGAAGGGAACCGUGGUGGAGGGGAGGGUGUUGGUGGAGAGGGAAGAGGGCGUGGAGGAUAAGGAGGGGUUGUUGGUGGACAAGUAUCGGGAUUGUAGUUUGGCGCCGGUGUUUGAGGGGUUUGUGAGGAAGUUGGUAGAGGAGGUGGAGGGGAGGUGA